AUGGCUUCCGCAGACGUCGCAAUGCCCGACGCCUCGUCGGCGAUGACUCGCCGCGAGCAUCUCGCCAAGACUUUCGAGUCGUACCGUGCCGAGCUCGACGCGAAUGUCAUUAUCCUGUCGCGCGCAAUCACGCAGCUGUCGAAGAAGCUCAUCUUCCAUCUGCACCGCGGAGCGACCUCCCCUCCUGCUGCCCGUGAGAAGAAUUUGAAGGACGCUCGAACGAAGGAGCGCGAGAUCUACAAAAACUUCGUGGCGGUUCGCGACGAGUUGGCAUCUGGAACGGAGGAGGAUGGCGAGACGUUGGAGAACUUUUGGAAGUUCAGCCGCCCUGUCUUCCUGUACUAUCUCGAGUGCGGCGAGCUCGUCAGCUUGCCGCACCUUCAGCAGGCAUUGACUGAUGAGGAGGGCGAGAAAGACUAUAUCCUCGGCAUGUCCGACCUCACUGGGGAGCUUAUGAGAUACGCCACCAACGCGCUCUCGACUGGUGACCACGAGACGCCGCUGCAGCUGACCAAAGUGUUUGACUCCAUCCCCGAGUCGACUCUUCACAAGCUCAAGAAGAAGCAGGAGGAGACUACGCGAUCUCUCGAAAAGAUUGAGAAGGCAGUGUGCUACUCGCUUCGACUCAGACUGGUUGAGUUUGGCGACAAGCCCGAGGUGCUCCGGCACCUUGCCAAGAGGGCAAUGGAUGCUGCCAAUAUGAACGGCGGAGGCGAGCAGCGGGAAGGCAAUUAG